CAUUCGAAACUCAGUUGACGUCAGAGAGAGUAAUUUCUGGUGCAUUACGGAUAAAGCGAAAUAUUUUCGCCAGUUCUUGCGGCAAUGACGAGCCAUUUUGUAAGCGUGUUGCGCCAGGCCUUCAAGACUUUCGACCGCGCCAAUCUUGCCAGCUUCAAUGCCAAUUUGCAGCUUCUGAAGCAGUUAACUGAUGAGCUCACUUAUCGUGAUCUACAUAUCAAAGAGGAACUAUUCCGUGACGAUGCCACGAAUGUGACCCGUGCACCAUGCAGCUAUAUGCACAUCUUCGAGGAUGAGCGCUUCUCUAUGAGUUUAUUCAUUGUGCGCGGCAGUAAUUCAAUUCCACUGCACGAUCAUCCCAUGAUGUACGGCCUGCUGCGCUGCAUCUGGGGCAAGUUGCAUGUGCAGAGCUACUCCCAGAAGCUUGCCGCCGAUGAGAUGGUUCAGUAUGAGAAGAAUCCAACAAUGGUCAAAGUAAUCGCUGAGGAGCCCAACCUGGUGACUGCCGAAACAUCUAGCGCCUUGUUAACGCCACGCAAACGCAACUAUCACCAGAUUACCCAGGUCGGCAACGGUAUUGCCGCCUUCUUCGAUAUACUUAGUCCUCCAUACGAUGCCAAUAUGCCGAAAUAUGGUCCACGCCUUUGCCGCUUCUAUCGCCCAAAGUCGGAUGGCGACGAACUGCAGUUGCAGUGCAUUCCGUCGCCCUCCAGCUACUAUUGUGAUUUAACCCCAACUCCCAAGUCUGUGCUGAAAUGUUGCUUCAUCUGUGCCGCCGAAGUUUAUGGUGCCACCGUCACCGACGUUCAGUGAAUUAUAUCCUUACAAAAUGUAUCCUUAAAUAUAAACUUAAUUUAUUUCCAUUCAACGUGAACAUCACGUGCUGCAUACCAGUAGGAUCCAUGA